CCUGGACUCUCUUACUAGAGUGCCCUGCUGUCCCGUGGAUCCCUCCAGGCGCAAAGGUGCCAGAAAGGAGGCACAGAAGUUCUGGGAGUGGCCUCCAUGUUUGCGCUGAUGUUGGCUUGCAUUCCCGCCCAAUCACUUUCCCUCUGAACCUGCUUCCUCCUGAGGUGUGGGUGUGAGGGUGGGUUUGGGUCCUCCCUCAGAAGGCUGUGGAGGGGUCAGUGAAAGUGGUUGAGGAUCUGGGGGUCCCAAAGGCAAGUAGACGCCUAGUUUUGUGGGCUCGGGCAAAACGAAGUAACCCCCAGUAUCACCACUGCUGGACUGUUGCAGUCCCGCCUUACACUAUACAGUAUGUGACCUGUGCCCUCGUGAUAUCUACCUGCCUUGACAGCACUUAUGAUACCCCGGGGUCACCCCUUGCCUGGGACUGUCUGCAUCGUGCCAGCCAGGGCUGGAACCUGGGAUUCCGGACGGGAGCUCUAGGCUCCCUGAACUUCUCCCCCAGGCUGCUACUGGUGAGCCAGCUGAGUGCUACCUGGGGCCAGGGGCAGGCUGGGGAAGAGGGUGUUUGGAACUGGGCUCCACCCUCCCUGAAUCUAGGCACCUUAAUGCCUUGCCCUUCUGCCAGUCAUGUGUGUGCUGGUUCUGUAGGUGGAAACUGUCCUUUGGCCAGUGGCUGCAGUGGAGGGAGGGGCUGUGGCUUAGGAGCAGAGAACUCGGCUCCCACCAGCGGGCCCGCACAGUGGGAGGAGAGGGCUGUGUCUCUUGCCCAUGCUGGCACAUCCAUGGCAGUGGGGGUUGGCAGCAGCAGACAGAGGGUCAGGACUCUUGGAUCGAGAGCCCGUAGCCCCAGGGAAUGACUCAGGCCUGCCUGGUGCAUGUGCAUCCCAGGCCACAAGGUCAAAGCAGACCCGUCAGAUACGGAAAAAUGCCUGGCAGCCACGCUGAUGUGGAAUUUUCCUCAUUCCAGAAGAGCCCAGAAAUGGCGGGGGCACAGGGCUCUGAUGUGGCCCAUGCCCUGUUGGCAGCCGGCUGCUUCUGUACUGCCCACAGCUGGAGCCAAGAAUUCCUCACAGACAAUAGCCCCAUCCUUGGUCCUGCUCCCCUGGGGAAAGGGGGAAACCCUGGGCCUGGAAAACGAAGUGGGUCCUAGACCUGGCACUCCCAUCCUGGAGGCCCUGCCUGCUCGCGGCCUGGAUCCCCAUCCGAGAGGAGGGUGAGCUCAGGCUUCAAUGGAGCUAAGUCCCUUGCCUGAGACCCCUUCUGGAAUCCGGCUGCCCCUCACCACCCCCACACCCCGGGCUGUGUGUCCCGAAACGUGUCCACUGUGCCAGCACAGACCUUACACAGACUAGAGCAAGUCCAGUCUUCCACUGGGUCCUGAGGGCACCAGUGCCCCAAUAAAAAGCAACUAAUCUCGCAUCAUUCUCAAGCCCAGGGUACCACCAUUGAGCUCAAAGCAUUCUCCUCUGGGGCUGGGGGCUCGGCGGAGCCAAAGGACUGCAGGCAGGACAAUGGUCCCGUUGGCUCGUCCAGACAAAUGGGCCUUGUUGGGCUGGCGGCGGGGGCACGGCAGUGCGCCCCUGCGUGCUGAAUGUGGCUUCUGUGCCUCCGGGCAGGCAGGGCAGGCGCACAAGAACCGGGACUGGGCGGGAGGGGGUCGGCCUGGAGCGCCCAUUGGCCAAAGUGUGGAGGGUUGGGCCAGGCUGGCGACGCACCUGCCAGGGCGCGGGAGCUGGUGAGGAGCCGGUGAGGAGCCGCUGCGGCGGCGGCAGAGGGGUGGGGGCAUGGACCAGGCCAGCAGGAGCGCGGGGCCCCGGCGGAUGAACCCCACCGCCCAGUGAGCGAGCAGCUGGGCGGCGCGGCCCGGAGCCAGCCACGCUGAGCCCAGGGAGAACCAGGCCAAGGUGCCUGAGAUGCCACCGCUGCCGAAGAAGCGCUGGGAGUCCAUGGCCAAGGGGUUGGUGCUGGGUGCUCUCUUCACCAGCUUUCUGCUGCUGCUCUAUUCCUACGCUGUCCCCCCGCUGCAUGCCGGCCUGGCCUCCACCAGGACCCCAGAGGAUUCGGCGCCCUGCUCCCCUGCCCCUAGCGAGUCGGAGCUGGUGACCCCCGCCAACGGUUCAGCAGGAGGGUGCCGGCUCCGGCGGGAUAUCGUGUUCCUGAAGACGCACAAGACAGCCAGCAGCACUCUCCUCAACAUCCUGUUCCGUUUUGGCCAGAAGCACAGGCUCAAAUUUGCCUUCCCCAGUGGCCGCAACGACUUCGACUACCCGACCUUCUUCGCGCGCAGCCAGGUGCAGGAUUACCAGCCCGGGGCCUGCUUCAACAUCAUCUGCAACCACAUGCGCUUCCACUACCAGGAGGUGCGGAGCCUGGUGCCGCCCAACGCCACGUUCAUCACUGUGCUCCGCGACCCUGCCCGGCUCUUCGAGUCCUCCUUCCACUACUUCGGGUCCCUGGUGCCCUUCACCUGGAAGCUCUCAAGCCAGGACAAGCUGGCUGAGUUCUUGCAGGACCCAGAUCGCUACUACGACCCCAACGGCUACAAUGCUCACUACCUCCGCAACCUGCUCUUCUUCGACCUGGGCUACGACACCGGCCUGGACCCCAGCAGCCCGCAGGUGGAGGAGCACAUCCUGGAGGUGGAGCGCCGCUUCCACCUGGUGCUCCUCCAGGAGUACUUCGAUGAGUCCCUGGUGCUGCUGAAGGACCUGCUCUGCUGGGAGCUGGAGGACGUGCUCUACUUUAAGCUCAACGCCCGUCGCGAUUCAUCCGUGCCGCGGCUCUCAGGGGAGCUGUACCGCCGCGCCACUGCCUGGAACAUGCUGGACGCGCGCCUCUACCGCCACUUCAACGCCAGCUUCUGGCACAAAGUAGAGGCCUUCGGGCGGGAGCGCAUGGCCCGCGAGGUGGCCGCUCUGCGCAGUGCCAACGAGCGCAUGCGGCGCAUCUGCAUAGAUGGCGGACAGGCCGUGGACGCGGCUGCCAUCCAGGACUCGGCCAUGCAGCCCUGGCAGCCGCUGGGCACCAAGUCCAUCCUGGGCUACAACCUCAAGAAGAGCAUCGGUCGGCGGCACAAGCAGCUCUGCCGUCGCAUGCUCACCCCCGAGAUCCAGUACUUGAUGGACCUGGGAGCCAACCUCUGGGUCACCAAGCUCUGGAAGCUCAUUAGGGACUUUCUGCGGUGGUAACAUCCGUCCUGGCGCCGGCCUCCCCUGACCCCUCCUGGUGCCACCCUGGACCCCAGGGUGAGGUGGGGUUUUCACGGGGACAUAGCCGGCCAGGAUAGGGCCCAUGGUACACAGAGAGGGCCUCACUGAUGUCAGUAUUUGACUAAUUAUAGCAUUUUUUAUUAAACCCCCUGCCCUGUUUCCUGCCUCCCUUUGCGGAGGAGACCUCAGAAGUAAAGGAAUUUGAUGUUGUGUUUUUCUUAA